AUGACGCCUCGUACGUCUGCCAAACGCCAAAGAAUUCGAAGUGCAUGCUUGCCAUGUAGGCAGCGCAAGAGGAAGUGUGAUGGUGGGUUCCCCUGUGGAAUGUGUAGCACCUACGGUUACAAAUGUCAAUAUGGCCCAGAUAAUGGACGAGCAGCAGUGUAUGCGGAAAACCCAGCUGAUCAGUGUGAACCGAAUAGGUGCAGCAACGAGAGGAAAGAGGCCAGCCCAACAGGAAUUGCCAAACGGGGGAUUUUGGACCCAAAAAAGUCAAGGUAUAUGAGUCUUGAUUCCGCAGUGGCCUUUCCUCGAGUUCUAGCACUGGCCCUUCACUCCACCAAUCCACCGCAUUUGCACUCGUUUGCUUGGAACUGUGGUGUAAGACUCGAGGAAAAAGCAGCAACACAUACCAACUUGUCGGAUUUUGUGACACAGGAAGAGUGUUCGCGGUUAGCUAAUGUCUACUUCAAAGUUGUUCACCCUGUAUUCGCCGUGGUGGAUCGAAAACAAAUCGAAGAAGGUAUUCCUCAUUACUGGACAUCUAAUACCGUAUCUGCUUUUGGUGCUGUCAUAGCAGGUAUUAUCGCUCUGGGAUCUCUUUUCUCUGGCGACAGCAGUCAUCCACGGGAGCUGGACGUGGUGCAAUACGCGAAGGGCAUUCUAGAAGACCCAAAAUUCAGUCGAUUACCAUCCAACGAGCUCGUAUCUGCCUGGGUUCUGAGAACUGUUUAUUUGAGAGCGACGACUCGGCCGCAUGUGGCGUGGCUCGCUAGUUGCAUGACUAUUCAUCUCGCAGAAGCUACGGGACUUCACCACGAAUGCGAUCAGGUUGAAUUAACUACAAAUAGCCCUUACGAACCGGCAAAAUCUGAAUCGAUUCGGCGACUGUUUUGGACCGCUUGGUGUAUAAACACAAUCCUGUCUUACGACUACGGGCGGUCCAGUGUGGUCCUAAAUACAGAAAUUACCUGCAAACCGGUGUCUUCAACUGCGGAUAAUUACACAUCACAACUAGCAAUACUGGCCCAGCUGGUACCCCGCGAUAGCUCGGAUGCCGAUACUUCUGUCCAGGUCUCACAUUUGCUAGAGACGAUCAAUGCCCUGCAAGAAUUGCCAGAAGUUCACAGCUUUUUAUCUUUAACAAAAGCAGACAUUGCGCUGUCUUGUUACCGUCGUCUUCGCUUGUUGAACCAUGUAAUUGACAAGAAAGUUGUUCAGCAGAUUAUCGAUGUGGGAGAAACAGCACUUUCAGCGGCUUUGACGCUUGUACAACAGAACCAAUUUUGGUGGAAUGCAUUGAGUGCACCAUUCCAAUACGUGUGUGCGCUCAUGGCAAUGGACACGAGAGAAAGCCUGGCUUGCGUAGCGAAGGCCAAAAAUCGCUUACACAAGAUCACUUCGGCGCUUGGUACACAUAUUGGUAGAGAGGCCGAAACUACGGUGGAUCUACUACUUCAGGACUCGAUAAAGAAGAAACAGCAUGAGGUAUCGCUUCUUGGGAGCGCAACGCCGGAUGGGCCAGUUGCAGAUACCAUAGACCUGCCGGAUAUCGACUGGAAUGCAAUGUUAGACCCCACCUAUACCUAUGACUAUGUACAUAGGGACUUUUCGGCGCUUUAA